UAACGAGAAUCGCAACCUCAGGAAUCAGAUUGCGGCGACGAGCGGUGAGUUGAAUGUUCUGUUCUCACAGUAGGUAUCACUCAUUCGUCUGAGGAGAUCGGGCUCGUAAGGCUGAGGAGGUACGUUGAGAGUGACGUCAGUGAGCUGAUACUGACGGAUCAUGCGGCGCCGACCUAGUCCCUGUACCGCCACGUUAAUAUUGCUGCAGAGAUGAAGAAACAGCUCCUCAUGAGUCCUCAUGCUCACAGUCCUACCACACCCCAAACAACGCAAUCCGAAGGCCAAACCCGCCAUUCAGCCUUUCAAUUUCACCCCCAUCAACCUCUAUCCCAUCUGCCACGAUCACAAGAUCACAACACCCACUUAAACGCAGCGUUUGUACAAAACAACCAGCAGCCACCAACAGUAACCAUCGUUCCUGCUCCUGCUCACUCUUCUGCGCCUAAAUCUGUUCAGGCUUCUUCUCUGACGGCUCCGAGUCCCCAACCUGCUCGAAUAGUUGGACAAGGGAACACUCCUAGUACAACGCCGUCUGUUCAGUCAGUGCCCCUGACAUCUCCAGUCGUUGCAGAAGGAGUGGCGCAAGAGGGCGUUGCGACUGUCAUGUCGAGAACACCUUCCGCUACCUCGCCUAUAGGUCGUGAAGUUAAACCCAACGAACUUUCUUCUUCAGAGCUGGCGUCGAAGCCUGUAUUCUUGCGAUUAUUUAAUCACAUGUUCGAACAAGUGUCUGGUUUACCCAAAAUCGAGUAUGAAUGUACAUUUUGCCGGAAACGGGUCAUUCAAGGACAAGAGCCUGAGAGAGUCGGGGACGAUCCGAACGAAUGGAUGUCCCAUUGUAGGACAAUUCAUCCUAAGAUGUAUGCCAAGGCAAUGGUGGCGGCAUUGAAUGAGUCUGCGUCGCCAGCGCCGACGUCGCCGCCGACGUCUGCCGUGCCACCUACGUCUGCCAUGCCACCUUCUCUUGUCCAGUCAGCACCGCCAGCUACAUCCUCACCUCCAACACCGCCCCUUUCUUCGGAUCCUCCAGUGAUAUUGCAGUCUACUGAGUCCAUACCGACAGUGCCCCCUCCAGCACCGGCGACCCAGAUACCAGCUACCUUUAACCAGCCGGACACUAUACCACUGAAGAACGGCCGAGAUAGCAUGGGAGGAUAAACGUUGUUUCUCAUGUCUCUGCUCUGCCGUUUUUUUCCACCUAUC